UAUCCAAUAGCACGCUCUAUACAGUAGGCGACGUCGUCAAGACAGCAAACAUAUCCUUAAACCGUGCAAUUCAGUGUGCUAUUAAAAUGUUUUAUUGCUUGUGUAAUUGUCUGGAGUGAGCUCAUAUCAAUCGCUGGAUUUCCAGGCGCGUGACUCAUUGAAGUUCCUCGGUCUGUUUCCUGACGACGUCACUGCUUCGCUCUUUACUUUGACUAACUCACAGCCUCAAGUUUCAUUUCAGUGUUGACAGCGGCGCGUGGAGGGCUAGACCUUUUCUCCUUUUAGAUGACUUGUUGUCACAAACAGAAAACUGCGGUGGAACGCGAGCUUCACUCUUAGACUUUGUGACCACGGAUGAACCAUGGCUACAAUAACGUGUCGAGUGCAAUACCUGGAGGACUCGGACCCGUUCGUGUGCUCAAAUUUUCCCGAGCCCCGCAGACCUCUCCAGUAUGACCUGAACGAGCAUUUGCUAUUGAACGAACAGAUCGCCGGGAUUCACAAGCUGCUCGAAGCGCCUUUGAAGUUAGAGGAGUGUGCACUGCAACUGGCUUCUAAUGGAAACUACCUGGACCUGGAUUCAUCCCUUGCUGAACAGAGAGAUGAUCUGGAGCAGCUCUAUGAUGACGUGGAAAAAGGCAAAAAGCCCAUCUUGAUUCUCCGUACGCAGCUCUCAGUACGGGUUCAUUCCAUCCUAGAGAAGUUGUAUAAUUCCCAUGGUCCUGAGCUUCGGCGGUCCUUGUUUUCUUUAAAGCAACUCUUUCAGGAUGAUAAGGACUUGGUUCCAGAAUUUGUCAUCUCUGAGGGUCUGACGUGUUUCAUUAAAGUGGGUGCUGAGGCAGAUCAUAACUACCAGAACUACAUCCUCAGAGCUCUCAGUCAGAUCAUGCUGUUUGUGGAUGGAAUGAACGGUGUUGUAAACCACAACGAGACUGUACAGUGGCUGUACACACUGACUGGCAGCCUGUCUCGGCUGGUUGUGAAGACAGCUCUGAAGUUACUGAUAGUGUUUGUGGAAUACACUGAGUCCAACAGUCCACUGCUUAUUCAAGCUGUCACCAUUGUGGAUGGGAAGAGAGGAGUAAAGCCUUGGACGUAUCUAACAGAUAUCCUGUCAGAGAAGAAUGGAUCAGACACAGAGCUGCUCAUCUACACCAUGACCCUCAUCAACAAGACUCUGGCUGCGCUUCCUGAUCAGGACUCAUUUUAUGAUGUGACUGACUGUUUGGAGCAGCUAGGAAUGGAAAGCAUAGUCCAGAAACGUAUGACUAGCAGCGGCACCGAGGGUGACCUUAAACAGCAGUUCAUAAUUUAUGAGAAUGCCCUCAAGUAUGAAGAUGGUGAGAUCGAUGAAGGGGCACCAAAUGUCCGUAAAGACCGAAGGAAACUGACACCCACCGAGCAGGAGGGCAGGAAGAGCCGGCGGUCAUCUUCUCACAAUCUUACAGAUAGUUACUUUCGUCCAGCUUCCCCAACUGUAUCAGUCUCUUCUAACAGCCCUACCCCAGAGGUGAUGCGUACAUCCUCCCCUCAGCUGUCAGAUUCCUCUUAUUCUCCUGUUUCUGGCAGUCCUCUGUUGACCAGUCCCUCAUCUACGAGCUUAAGCUCACCCACGGUGACUAAUGGAGCAGAGUCUGCAGCCCCUUCUGAGCAAGAACACAACUUGGGGCGCUCUUUUAUGAGUCAGUACAUAGCUCACAUGGGGAUUUCUAGACGGAGGUUAAAAAAGGAGAGGUCUAUAACAGAAGAAACCUCACGCAUCUCCAGCAGAGCGUCUUUCACAGAAACAGACUCUCCUCAGGAGGUCCCUUCCCAGACGGCACCAGAGCAGCCCAGCCGGACUGAGGGAAAGCGAGUCUUCAAACAGCACCAGGCAGACAGUGUUUGUCCAGAGAGUGUGAAUAGAGACUUGCCGGUUCUGAGGAAUUAUGAAGACAAUUUCUUGCGUAGUCUGGCUGCAUCCCAGUGGGAGAAGAAAAGGAAGUCAUAUGAGAGACCUUCUCUAAGCGAGAGUGUGGCGUCUGCAGAUGUAGAGGCAUCUACUGAAGCCGAGCAGCCAGUCUCCAGCUCAACCACUGCAGGAUCUGUUAGUGGUCCGGAGUCUCAAGGGGUAAACUUGACCAGGCACACCCUGGAGCAGCCAGAGGACACAACAGCAGCCCACAAUGAAGCAGAGGGUGGUUUGCAGCGUCAGGGCAGUGCAGCGGAACAGCACAACACCCUCUCUAAUGACAGGAAGUUCAUGUUGGAUAUGCUCUACUCCAAAAACAACACCUCUGGAGGCCUAAAAAGUCCUAGUCUGGAAAGUGCACUUGAGGGCCAUGGGAUCACCAGCAUGGCCGGACGGCUCUCGAGACUGCAGUCUCACACUUCUCAGCCCACAGAGGACACAUCCAGGCGGGCGGAGCUGGAGAGCCUUGAAGGUACUGCUCAGGCCGCUCGCGCCAAGCUAGCAGAGGGACAGAACAAGAAGCUGCAUCCACAAUUCAGUAUUGAAGCGGAGACUCAUUCACAGAGUUUAGAAAAGACAAUGAUGACACCAUUAUCCAGGGGUAGUCAGGAUGCCUGGGAGAAGCUGCAGCCCAGCUCCAGACCCCUGCGGAUUAAAGAUCUUGACUUCUCCGAUCUGAUGGAGGAGGAGGAUAUAGAUGUGCUAGAUAUUGACACUUUUGACACUGGCUUGCCUAAUGGAGUGCCUCCACCCCCUCCUCCAAUGCCAGGUCUGGGCUCAGCUCCCCCACCGCCGCCACCCCCUCCUCCUCCUGGACCUCCUGGUCUGGCUCCACCCCCUCCUCUUCCAUCUCCUGGAGGUUUGAGUGUGCCGCCUCCUCCUCCAGGACUCCUCCCUCUGUCUCCGUCUCAAGGAAAUGAUCUGGCUUUUCUAAAGAAACGGAAAACAGUCAAGUUGUUCUGGAAGGAGCUCAAGCAGCCUGAUAGCCCCAGGAAGUGCAAGUUUGGGCGGGGCACAGUUUGGGCUUCACUUGAUAAGGUUGCAGUCGAUACAGCUAAGCUGGAGCACCUGUUUGAGUCCAAAGGAAAGGAUCUUCCAGUAGCAAAGAAAGGUGCUGAGACCAAGAAAGCAGCAAUUUUAGUGCUUGAUCCUAAGAGGAGCAAUGCUAUCAACAUCGGCAUGACUGUUUUGCCUGCUAUACAUGUCAUCAAAAGUGCCAUCCUCACCUUUGAUGAGUUUGCCAUCAGUAAAGAGGGCAUUGAGAAAAUCCUGACCAUGACUCCAACAGAUGAAGAGAAACAGAAGAUUCAGGAGGCGCAGCUGGCUAACCCUGAUGUACCGCUGGGUACAGCAGAGCAGUUUCUGCUCACUCUCUCCUCCAUCAGUGGCCUUGCGGCCAGAUUACAGCUCUGGGCCUUUAAACUUAACUAUGAGACCCUGGAGAAGGAGAUUGCAGAGCCUCUUUUUGACCUGAAACUGGGUAUGGAACAACUUGCCAAGAACAAAACCUUUAAGCGUAUCCUAGCAACACUACUGGCCAUUGGAAACUUCCUCAAUAGCUCCAGUGCUAAGGGCUUUGAGCUCAGUUAUUUGGAGAAGGUUACUGAGGUGAAGGAUACAGUACACAGGCAGUCUCUGCUUCAUCAUACCUGCAAUUUUGUAGUGGAAAACUACCCAGAUACGACAGACCUUUACUCUGAGAUCUCAUCAAUCACACGCUCUGCUAAAGUGGAUUUUGAGCAGUUGUCUGAAAACCUUAUUCAGUUGGAGAGAAAAUGCAAAGCAUCUUGGGACAACCUUAAAGUAAUGGCCAAACACGAAACUAAAUCUAACUUGAAAAACAAAAUGACAGAAUUUCUGAAGGACUGUACUGAAAGGAUCAUCAUCCUGAAAGUAGUGCACAGACGCAUUAUUAAUAGGUUUCAUUCUUUCUUGCUGUACUUGGGUCAGCCUUCCUACUCAGUGCGGGACACUAAAGUAACUCAGUUCUGUAAGAUCAUCAGUGAGUUUGCCCUGGAGUACCGCACCACCCAAGAGAGAGUCCUCACCCAGAAACGCAAACGUGCCGUCCACCGGGAGCGCACCAAGACCCGGGGCAAGCUGAUCACAGAGACUGAGAAGUUUUCGGGAGCAGUUCCACAGCUGUCUCUGGAGGACAGCCCAUCCCUGGUUUCUUCAACAACAGAAUCAGAGCCAGCCCAAGAGGAGCAUGAGAACAUGAAAAACCUGCUCAUCGCCAACACUGACAACAGCAAGCUGCGCAGGAGCCGUGCUGUACGAAAGAUUCUUACCACUAGUGGUGACACUUCUCCAAGUCAUGAAGAGGGGCCUUAUGACUCUGACAGCGCUCCUACUUCACCAGUAGAGAGCCAGUCAGCACAGGAUGAUGAUGAUGAUGAUGAUGAAGGUUUAGGCAGGGUUAGUACAAACAUGUCUGUAGCCAAAGAGGACAGCGCCAGCUCACAGGACGAUGCCACAGAUGAGAUCAUGGAUCGUCUGGUUAAGUCUGUCACCCAAAACCCCACAGAGAGGGCAUCUAGUCCAAAAACACGGAAACGCUCACGGCUUAACAGAAAGUCAUUGCGGAGGACUCUGAAGAGUGGGCUGAGUGUGGAUGUGGUACAGGCCCUUGGUCUCGGCAGUACUAACGGAAAGGUCUGAGCUGGUAGCUCUCAUGUAGGGGAAACUGCAGCAAGGCAGCAAUGAGGCCAUAAGGAGAGCUGUAUUAAUGACAGGAAGAUCUGUGAUGAAGGGAUCUUCGCUGAAAUUUUGUGGGAUGCCUGCAACUAAAUCUAUCUGCCAAUCUGAACAAUUCAGUGGAUGAAUCAUGUACUUCCAGCUGAAAUACAAACAGCUGCAUUACUAUACAAAGACCUGAAGUAUGUGCAUGGUAUUCAUUAGACAUAUCUGACCCUGGACCACAAAUCCAGUCUUAAGUCACUGGGGUAUAUUUGUAGCAAUAACCAAAAAUACAUUGCAUGGGUCAAAAGUAUUGAUUUUUC